AUGGAUCUACUGGUCUCUUUGCGUUUCAGAAUGGAUAAAUCCUGGAUGAGUACUGAUAGAACGAAGAAACGUUAUAGAGAAGGAGUUGCGGCGUUUCUGCGGUAUGCUGUCAACCAUCUCAAGGAGGAGGGUGAGACAUAUGAUGAAUUUCUUAUGUUGUGUCCGUGUACAAAUUGUUUAAAUCUCUGUGCAUGCUCCGUUGGCGACGUAGAAGAUCAUUUAUUCGUAAAUGGAAUCGAUCAAACGUAUACUAUUUGGAAUAAGCAUGGGGAAAAGGAUGAGGCAAUAACUAGUAGUAAGCCAGUUAACGUCAACAAUGGUAUGCACGCUGAAUUUGAAAUGGGAACUCCCACUGAUGCUCCAGACGAAGAUUUUGGAAUGGGAACUCCCACUGAUGCUCCAGACACUAUAGAUAUGAUGCAGGCUGCAGAAGAGUUCGCAGAUGACCCUAUAAAGUUUAAAAAGUUACUUGAAAAUGCUGAAAAGCCCUUAUACGAAGGAUGUCCCAACUUCACAAAGUUGUCUGCAAUUGUGCAGUUGUUUAAGUUGAAGAGUAAGCACGGUGCAUCAGACAUGUUUUUUAAUGAAUUGUUACCCUUGUUAAAGGACAUGCUUCCCAAAGAAGGUAAUUUAAUGGCGAGGAGUACAUAUCAGGCAAAAAAAAUAUUGAAAUCAAUGGGUUCAGGGUACACAAAGAUACAUGCAUGUAUCAACAACUGCAUUCUUUAUUGGAAUGAGUACAAGGAUGAAAAAGUGUGUCCUACUUGUAAAGCACCCAGAUGGAAAGUUGACAGGGAUGGUAAAGUUUACGAGAAUGUUCCAGCAAAGGUAUUGUGGUACUUCGACAUCAUCCCAAGAUUUCAGCGGCUGUUUCAAUCGAAGCACACAGCAAAAGAUUUGAUAUGGCACGAUACCACUAGAAACAAAGACGGUGUUUUACGUCAUCCGGCAGACUCACAUGCUUGGAGAGAGAUAGAUAACAAUUUCCCAGAAAUUAAAGGUGAUCCAAGAAAUCUGCGGUUAGCUGUUUCGGCUGAUGGAGUUGAUGUAAACACAGGCACCAAACAUCACAGUGGAAAGAGAACAUGGGAUGCAUAUGCCCAAGAAAUGUUUACUCUACGUGCAGUUGUUUUGUGGACGAUAAACGAUUAUCCUGCUCUUGGUACACUAUGUGGUUGUCGCUACGCUGGAUAUCAUGGUUGUGUGCAUCCGUUCAGAAGGCAGAAGGGGGCAUUUGGCGGAAAACAAGAGUGGGAGACUGCUCCAGAACCAAUGACCGGGGAAGAAAUAUAUGAGGAGAAUGUGGGACAAAGUCUUGUUGGAACGUUGCUGCACAACGGGAAUACAAAAGAUGGAUUAAACGCCAGAAAGGAUUUGGUGCGUUUGGGGUUAAAAUCGGAGUUACACCCUAAGACAGAUGACAAAGGAACGAUACUUCCCGCAGCAUGUUAUACAUUAACUACGGAAGAAAAAGACAUAUUCUUGGAGACACUAUCCGAGUUAAGAGUUCCAGAAGGGUAUUGUUCGGAUUUUUCCACCCUUGUGAACCUAAAAGAGCGUAAGCUGAUCGGACUCAAAUCACAUGAUUACCAUAUGCUUAUGCAACAAUUUUUGCCCGUCGCUAUUCGAUCAAUUAUGCCUACACCUGUGAGAUAUGCUAUUAUCAGGGAAGUGAAGUUAUGCGGUCCGGUUUGCUUUCGAUGGAUGUAUCCUUUCGAAAGGUGUAUGAAGGUUAUAAAGGGGCAUGUGCGAAACAAGAAUCAACCUUGUGGAUGCAUUGCCGAAGAGAAUGUUGCAGAAGAGACGAUUGAGAUAUAUUGUGAGUACCAUAAAAGCAUCAGGACAAUUGGUAUUCCACUAGAUAGGCAUAAUACAUCUCAGGAGGGAGAACCGUUAUCAGCUGAAGAGCCGUGUAUAGUUACCCCUGAACAGUUGAGACAAGCACAUUUCUAUGUAAUGCAGAACACGCCUGAAAUUGAGCCUUACAUAGACCGACACAAGCUAUAUUUGGAAACUAACUAUUCUACUAAAAAGCGAGCAUGGCUAGAGAAAGAGCACUCUAACACUUUUGGCGCUUGGUUAAAAAAUGAGGUUGAAAAAGAGUUGGCAGACGACAGAGAAAGUAUCUCAGAGAACUUAAGAUGGAUAUCACACGGCCCGCACUACGAGGUAACGAAAUACACUGUAUAUCGCAUCAAUGGAUAUCUAUUCCGCACAAGAUCCCGUGAUGGUAGAAUUCACCAGAAUAGUGGGGUUAGCGUUGCAGCAAAUGACAUGCACAUAUCUAGAGAUGAUGAUGUUACAUAUGGUAAAGCCUCUUAUUAUGGUGUCUUGCAAGAGAUAUGGGAGUUAGAUUACUGUGAAAGAAAAGUUCAUCUGUUCAAGUGCAAUUGGGUUGAUAAUAAACGUGGGGUCAAAAGAGAUGCUCUUGGCUACAAGAUUGUUGACCUUACUAUGUUGGGAUACAAAAAUGAUCCUUUUAUUUUAGCCUCACAAGCUAAGCAGGUAUUUUAUGUCAAAGACCAGUUAGAUAAGAAAAAGUCUAUUGUUUUUGUGACACCUCCCAAAAAUUAUAGAGAUGACGAUGGCAACGAUGAGGAAUUCAGUACAGUAAUCUUUUCUGCGAAUGAUAAUAUCUUGCCGUCUGUAGAUCCACAAGACUUGGGUAAAGAAUCCCGAAAUGAUUACUUCCGAACUGACUGCCGAGGUUUACUUAUACGCAAGCCAAAAUGA